CUUCACUCAGUUUUCGCGACUGUGAAAGUUGAAUUUGUGUGCGAAACAAAAAUCAUCCAGAAAGAUCCGCGACGGUUUACAUUAUUCAAACAUUGGGAUUAGAGACGUGACAAAUUUGAAUUCUGUCCUAAUUUCGCCAAGACGUUACGCAAACAACAAGCAAUUUCUCUAAAUUAUGCGCUCAAGAUGACCAUAACGUGUCCAAAAGGGUUGCUUUCCACGCGAUUUGUGAUAGCUAUAAUGCUGUUCACGUCGUGUUUCACCACCUACAUGAUGCGAGUCAACAUCUCGAUCAAUCUCAUUGCUAUGGUGGAGCCUAGCAAUGCGAAUUCCAGCGAUUCCGAGCCGGAAUGUGCCCGGAUUAACCGCGAAAACUCCGGGAAUCGCACGUAUCAAGCCCUGACAGCACCACCGGAUUACGGGACUCGGUACGAUUGGGACUCGAAUGUCCAAAGUCUCAUCUUAGGGUCGUAUUUCUGGGGGUACACCAUCACGUGCAUCCCUGGCGGAGUCCUAGGGGAGAAAUUCGGGCCGACGCGGACUGUGAUGAUUGCGACUUUGGCAAGCGGGUUUUUGACCCUUUUGGGGCCCUUGAUGGCCUCCUGGAGUUACAUUGCGUUGAUUUUGUCGAGGUUUUUGACCGGACUUUGUGGGGGGGUGGUUUACCCGUGUCUGCACUGUCUGGUCUCGCGGUGGGCCCCCCCGGAGGAGAAAGGCAAGUUUAUAGGGGCCCUCUUGGGAGGCACUUUCGGCACUGUGGCAACAUGGCCGCUUCUGGGGGCCAUAAUUGAGGGUUUGGGGUGGUCGUGGUCGUUUUUUAUUAACGGGGGGUUGGUACUACUUUGGUGCAUUUUGUGGAUUAUUUUGGUGGCCGAUAGGCCUGAAGUGCAUCCAAGAAUUAGCGAAGACGAGAAAAUUUACAUAAUGAAGAGUUUGGGCGAUUCAGUAAAACCCACAAAAGGUUUGCCCCCUUAUAAAAACAUCUUUUUGUCGAUUCCAUUCUGGGCGUUGAUUGUUUUACACUUUGGGAAUCUGUGGGGGUUGUACUUUUUGAUGACAGCAGGACCGAAAUUUCUCUCAAGUGUUUUGGGGUUCAAUUUGGGGCACACUGGGAUUUUGGCAGCACUGCCCUAUUUGGCACGACUGAUUUUUGGGUUCAUUUUUGGAUUUAUUGGGGAUUUUAUAAGACAGAGGAAAGUGUUAUCGACUACUGUGGUCCGAAAAGGAUUCAUCCUAUUUUCACACAUCAUCCCUGGGGCGCUCCUCCUGGUGCUCAACCUGACCGGAUGUGACGUCACUUGGUCCAUAGUGCUCCUCACCCUCUCGCUGGGCUCGAACGGCGCUUCCACUUUAACUAAUUUGCAAAAUUCGCAAGAUUUGGCCCCGAAUUACGCCGGAUCGUUGUAUGGCAUCGCCAACUGCAUUGGGAGCACCACCGGGUUCAUCUCGCCCAUAAUCGUGGGCCAAAUCACAGCCCAAAACAACGGCAUGAACGAAUGGCACGUUAUUUUCUGCAUCGGUGCUUUGGUUUACAUCAUUUGUGGUCUAGUCUUUUGCAUUUUCGGAAGGGCCGAGAUUCAGGCGUGGAAUGCCCCCAAAGAAAGCCAAAAAGUCGGCAUCCAAAAUCCGGCCUUCGACAACACCAGCGAGAUUACAGUCAAAGUGGGGGACGCCGAUGAAAAUACCAAAGUUUAAACUAAUUUAUUUUAUCUGUUGUGACUGUAUUUUAACUUUAUAAAGAUUUUUACACGA